UACAAAGGUAAACUCAGAGAAGACAUGGCGGAAUGCCAACUAUAAAAUUUGCGUUGAAUCGUUACAAUUUGAUCUAUUAAAGGAAAAAAACUUAAGUCCUUGCAUAAUGCCUAAGCAUUAAGUGAGAUCGCAUUAACAAUGAGAUUGUAAUAAUAAUGUGAAAUUUGAUUCGAAGAUUGGAAAAUAUUUUUUUCGCUGUAUAUGCAAAGGUAUAGUCAUCCAGGAAAAAGAUGUCAGGUGAAUACAGUCGAAAUAUUUUAAAAAUAGUUGUCGCUCAGAUCUGUCAAAUGAUAGGGUGGCACUCUAUUAAUUCUACACCAUUAGAAUUUAUGGUAGAUCUUAUGCAAGAAUAUUUGUUACGUGUUUCAAGGCUAACACAUCAAUAUGCAGAAGUUUUGGGCAGGACAGAGCCAAAUCUUGAUGACUUAGGAUUAACAUUUCAACAUAUGAAUAUUGAUAUACAGGAAUUAAUUGAAUAUGUCAAGAAUGUAGAUUCCAUUCCUUAUCCUAUACAGAUACCACAAUAUCCAGUUCGGCGUGAAAAUCAUUUAAAUUUUUUAAAACCAGGCAGUCGUGAAGUUGUCACUAGAUCAGUGCAUAUACAUGAACAUUUGCCAGCUAUGUAUCCAGAUACUGAAGAGGAAUAUAUACCAGAAAAAAAUGAAAGUUUAAUGAAUGGUACAGCAGAGCUCACAUCUAGCAGUGCGACAUCAUCAAGUAAUUCGAAUAAUACCUCACCUCAUAGAAUGUCACCACAAGUAGUUUUUAAACGGCCCGGUGAUCCGGUAUCUUUCGAAAGCUCCAUGGCGAAGCGGGCAAAAAUUUUAGAGGAAGGUAGACCAUUACGUGAAAUAAGUAGUGUUAUGAUGACUACUUCCGGUUUUUUAUCACCUGCGCGAGAAGGAAAGCUACCUGAAGCAAGGACACCGCAUCAAGUGCGAUCGGAUUCGCCACAACCGAGUUCUUAUCCGAUGGUACCACCUGAAUUGAAGUGCGAAAAGAAACCGAAGAAGAUUGUUAAGAAAGGUCCUGAGAAUCGUAAACUCGACAAAGAGAACAAGAAGAAAAAAGGCGCGAAAGAAUUGUUUAAGCCGGAUAAAAUGGAUGAAAGUAAGAUAAAAAAAUUAGUUGGCAUGAAGGAGUUAGCCAAAUUGAAACCAUUGAAGCCAGGUGGUGGCAAAGUACAAUCCACUAUGCUACAAGAGCUUACGACCAGCAGACCAUCCACACCGAAAAUUACGUCACCGAAAUCAGGAGUUGUUGGUAGUUCGAAACCAUCGAAAGCCGCGCAACCGAAAGUUAAGAGCGAGAAGACGUUAGAUCCGAUAGACGAUGCUCCUAUUGUUGAGAAAAAGGAAGAUACCAUCGAUAAAUUACCAUCAGAACCAGAUAAACAGAAACUGAACAUUUUUAAAAAAAUAUCGAAACCGCGCGAAGAAAAAGACAAGGACAAAGAAAUUUCGGAACCGCAUAAGUAUAAAGAUAUUCUCGAUUCGCGCGAAAACUCACCAGAGUUGAUAAUAGAUGUCGACAAUAUGGAGAAGCAUGCACAUCGUAACGACGCAGACACGAAAGGAGGAUACGAAGAGAAGAGGACACCGCAUACGCCGGAUGUGCAACCAGACGCCGAUUUGGCAGACGUACAGAGUUCAGAAUCGGAUGUUUAUAUAUUUGACGAUGCCGACAUCUCACCGCCAGGUACGCCUAGUACGCCGAAAACUCCUGAAUUGAAUGUACCCACUGUAUCGGAGCAAAAACGAAAGAAAAAAGAGAAAAGCGGCAAGAAGAAAGAAUCCAAAUUGAAGAGUCCAAAACAAUGCAUCAGCCCAAAGAAGACCAAACUUCUGAAUGAUUCAGGAGAAGUGGACAUACUGGAUCGACCAAAAACACCGCAGGCACCUGAGCCGCCGUUACACAGGGAGCCACCUACUCUUCCACCAACACUUCCAUUCCCAUUUUUCCCUACUUUUCCUUCCGCACCUGGUUUAAUACCUCAUCCAAUGUUCACGCGAUUCUCAUUGCCAUUAGGCCGAGGUGGGCCAGGUCCUCAUCCGGCAAUGCCCAAUUUACCAUUACCACCGCGUUUUCUCAAUCCAUCCAUAAAGCCUGAGGAUUUUGCUUUGCCGAAAAUUAAACCGGUAGAACGUGAGAAACCACUGAUUCCCUCUCCAGUCGAAUUAACAUCUUCAUCGAUUCAAGGCGAGAAUGAAAAAGUGGACAAAGAGAAGGUGGACAAUAAAUUUACGAAAAUGUUUAAGCCAAAUAAAGAAUUGCCUUUCAUUAAAAUACCUGAGAAGGUACCGCCUGUAGGCACUUCACCGCCUACAGUGUCUGCACCUGUCGCACCAAUCACGCUUGUUACACCAGUACCCGUUACGCAAACAUCACCAUCGAAAAAUUCUAAAACUGAAAAAACAGAGAAGAAUGAUAUGGUAAAUUUGAAGUCUAAAGAACACAAGAAAGAAAAGAAAGAUAAGUUAAAGAAAAAGAAAGAUAAGAAAGAGAAACAUAAGGAUAAAAGCGAGAAAGUGAAAGAGAAGAAGGAAAAGGCUGAGAAACGCGAGAAAAUAGAAAAACUUAAAGAAAAGAAGGAGAAAAAAGACAAAAAAAAGGAGAAAGAUUCAAAUAAGAAAAAUAUGAGGGAGGAUAAAAAUCCAGAAGCUGUACCAAAAAUAACAUUAAAAUUAGGUACAGCUUCUCCUAUACCAGCAACACCAGAUAAUGCUCCUAUGAAGAAAAUAACUAUUAAACCACUUGUGAAAAAACCUGAUGAAGAGAUCAAGCGGGAACCUAGUCCAGAAUUGGCGAAAAUAUCGGCAUUGGUAACACGACCGCCAAAGCAGAAGUCAACAAGUAAGAAAACAGAGGAGGGAAUAUUAGAUGGAAGUUCUGCUCUUCCUACAGACUCUUUCUCUGCCAAUCUUACUAGUGUGCCACUUGCAUCAAUUCCUCGAACAAAGAAAUCUAAUUUCCAAAGUUUAUCUCAAAGUGAGCCAAUACCUUCAUCUCAAUUUGACAAUCCUCCUAAAGUCCUGAAACCUCUAAUAUCGCCACAACAACCACCAUAUUAUUUUGAUCGAGGUGGUCGACAAGUAUGGAUAUGUCCUGCAUGCGGCAACCAGGAUGAUGGCUCCCCAAUGAUCGGCUGUGAUGAUUGUGACGCAUGGUAUCAUUGGGUAUGCGUUGGAAUGCAGGUUCCACCAGCUGAUGAUGAGGAUUGGUACUGUCGAUUUUGUAUAGCGAAAAAACAGGAACUUCUUCAUGACAAAAAGAAGAAAAAACGAAAGAAAAAAGUUAAAGUAACGGCCUAGUAUAAACCAACCGGGUCUAAUUGCAUGAGACCCGGUGUCACCAUACCAUUUACUACCAAAGUUAAAACAAAAGACAACAAAAUUGGCGUUAAAAGCGUAAAAAUGAAAAAGGUGUCCAAGAGUGAUGUUAAAAUGAAGGGGAAAUCCAUCAUAACUAAAGGAAAGACUGCAAAGAACAUAGUGAAAGUUAAGAGUGUAAAAAAGAAAUAAACAAUUGUUGUAUUAUGCAGUACAAUUGAAAUAGCGGAAAUGUUAUUUUCUAAAUUGUAGGAUAAAUAUAAAUGAUUCUAUUCUGUAUCAAUUGCCUAUAACAAUCCUGUAUUACAUUCACAAUAUAUAUCUUUAUGUUGAUAUUAUAUUCAUUAAAAACUAAAAUAUCAACAGAUACAAAUGUCAUUAAAAGUAUGGAUACUUUUACAGAUUUUAUACAGAUUUUCAUUUUUCUAUUUUGUAUGCACAUUUAUGCGUUUUGUCACACAUAGUAUGUGAUUUGUUACACAGCGUGAAAUUUGUAGUAUAUUUUCCUAGCUCCAUUCAACUUACAUCACUUCUUCACACUGUCACUGCUUUUAGCAGACUUAAUGUAGAAGAUAAAAUAUCAUCUACUUUUAAUGGAGAAAUGUAUAGAAAUCAAUUAUGUGUAAAAACCAUAUUAAUCAUCAUGAAUGUAAAGCAUUAUGUGUGUGUAUGUGUGUGUGUUUGAGUGUGUGUGUGUGUGUGUAUGUUUUUUUUAUGUAAAUAUAUGAUUAUUGAUAAGAAGUAUACAUCAAUUUCCAGAUCAAAUAAAUGAUGAAAUACUUUGAUAACGAUUUUAUUAUGUAAUAC